AUGUCUGCCAAACAAUCCAUCAUCUCAGUCAUCGGCUCCCUUAACGUCGACCUGGUAACGCGCACCCAGCGCGUCCCUGUCGGCGGCGAAACACUAACCUCCGAAUCUUUCUCCAUCGGGUACGGCGGUAAAGGAGCCAAUCAGGCUGUAGCAUGUGCGCGGCUAUCACGCACUCAGUCUCAAGCUCUCAAUGGAGAAGCUUCCGACAUCGAAGUGCGCAUGGUGGGUGCGGUCGGCGACGAUGAGUUCUCGCCUGGAUUUUUGGAGAGCUUGAGGAAGGAUGGGGUGCGGACGGAAAUGGUAGAGGUUCUGAAGGGGAAGAAGACGGGUGUAGCAGUGAUUAUCGUCGAGACGGGGACGGGAGAAAAUAGGAUCCUGGUUUCUCCGGGUGCAAAUGGGGAGGUGCCUGUGCAGGACCUGGUAGUGGGUGACGAGGGGCUGGUGUUAUUCCAAUUAGAGUUGCCAUUGGAGGUGGUGUUGCACAACAUGAGAAUAGCACGUGAGAAGGGGGUUGAGGUUAUCAUCAAUCCAGCACCUGCCGUACCGCUGCCGGAGGAGGCGUACAAAGGCCUCGGGCAUUUGCUGGUCAAUGAGACGGAAGCUGCCAUACUUUCAGGCAUCGACAAUCCGACCAACUGGGAUGAAGUUGCCGCGGUUUUCAUUUCCAGAGGCGUGAAGAACGUCGUCAUUACGCUCGGUGGAGAAGGCGUUUACUAUCAGACGGAGAAGCGACACGCACAGUCAAAACCGGGAACACUUGUUCCUGCAAGGAAGGUAAAAGUGGUCGACACGACAGCCGCCGGAGAUACAUUUACUGGCGCGUAUUCGGUAGCUGUUGCGCGUUGGAAGUCGGGCCCAGAAGCUACGGAGUUUGACCUUGAUGCAGCAGUCGCCUAUGCGAAUCGGGCUUCUUCCAUGACGGUGCAGAAACAGGGUGCCCAGUCAUCCAUUCCUUGGAUUGAUGAAGUUCCUACUGCCUAG